UCUUACCCUUACCGACCCGGCGACUUUCCAAAAAACACUGUGAGCUACCUUAGUGGAUUAGAACCCACGAAAACGAAAAGGGGGGGAGGGAACAAAAGACGAAUCAAAGCAGCCCGAAGUAGCAUGGGCCCGGGAAUCGUCAAAACUUUCGAGCUGUAGGUUUUCAUCGCCGCGAUAUGGCUCCUGAGGCUCCCGUCCGGGUGGCCGUCGUCGGAACCGGCUUGGCAGGCCUCACUGCUGCAUAUCUCUUACAGAACGACGAGCAGCGACGGUAUGCGGUGACUCUUCUCGAACAGGCCGAGAGUCUAUCCUUCGACUCGGCGUCGGUCGCCAUCCGAGACGAGAGGUCCGGCCAUGUCGAACGGGUCGAUCUGCCCAUGCGCGCGCUCGCGGGAGGAUACUACGCAAACGUAAUGCGCAUGUAUGACCACCUGGGUAUUCCGUACCAUCCCAUACGCUUCCUGUUCUCCUUCGCCAAGGCGCUGCCGACUCGCAAGCCGGAUGGCGCCGCCGCCGGCACCGCCGCAAGGACGCAAGGCGACAGCUCGCGCGUCGCAGGCGGAGCAACGGGGGAGUACUUUGUGCACGCGUCGAACCUGCACCAGAUCCCCCCUUGGCCGGGGAACCGCGGGGUGCUGGCGCACCUCAUCGAGAUCCUGUACCUGGUUGUCUGCCAGUUCUGGUUCACCCUCGCGUGUUUCCUGGUGCAUCCCGUGACCAAGGGGUCCGACGAGGCGGAGACGCUCGACGAGUACCUGCGGAGGGUCUGGCUGCCGCGUCGCUACGUGACGCAUUACCUGCUUCCUCUCCUCAGCGCCGUGUCGACCUGCUCACACGACGAGCUCCUGGCGUUCCCCGCCAGCGACGUCGUGAACUACAAGAAGCUAUCGCAAGGCCAGCAGCACUACACGGUCUGCGGCGGCGUCCAUCAGGUGGAAGGGAGGUUGGCGAGGGAGAUGAGGGACGUUCGGCUGGGCGCUUGCGUUGCGCAAGUGGCGCCGACGACUGACGGGAGGGUGAGGAUACACUGGCAGCGGACAACGAGUGGUGUCGAGCCUAUCCAGGAAGACGUGUUUGACCGGGUCAUCCUCGCCGUGUCGCCGGAUGUCGCCGGCAAGAUCUUCGCUCCCCUGAGGAAGACGCUCGAGCGGAUACCCACGAUCCGUGUGAAGAGCUCGGUCCUACGACCGGCGCAUUCGGCGCCGGACCACGCCCUUAGCCUGGUCGACGACGAGAGCAGACACCCAAAGGCCUGCUCGCAUCACCGCGGGACCGCCAUCCCGCCGCAGGUGAUCUGUCUGCGUACCGACUUCGCCGCAGAAGGAGGGCGGACGGAGGCGCUACACACGAUGCCGGGAGGAACGGUGGUAAGCACCUGUCCGUUGGACCCGCAGGCCGACGCGAAGAGGGUGCUGCGGACGGCCAGGUUCACGAGGACCCUGAGGACGGCCGAGAGCAGGGCGAUCGUACGGAGGAUCAUGGGCGAGUCCGGCGGCCCGGACAAGAAGACGGACCCGGCCGCCGAGGUGGCAGCGACCUGGGUGAAUGGGCAAGAUAAUGUCUGGUUGACGGGGGCCUGGUGCUGGGAUGGCAUGGUUCUCCUCGAGGGGUGUUUGGUCUCGGCGAUGAGAAUCGCCGAUGAUUUUGGCGUCAAGGUCCCAUGGCGGGCUGGCGUAGCGAGAGCUGGGUAGAUGCUCUCUUGUGCCAAUCAAUGCUACAGAAUGGGGUCAGAAUAUAAUGAAAUGAAGUUGAAAUGGAC